GACCCUAACAGGUAACUACUUGAACGUUUCCUACUAAGACACCACAGUUUACGAGGAUACCCUGAACGCAGCAGACUCCCGUUUUCACGGAGACAACAAUCACACGAAGAAGAGCGGGGGGACUCUCAAAAUGGUCGAGUGAGAGCAGACGAUGCCAGUUAUGAGUCAAAGCAGUCCCUGUCUGUGGACUCAGCUCCCCCAGAGCAGACCGAGCCCGUGUGACCGCUACAAGCACGCCUGCUGCAGCUACGACGGACAUGUCUACAUCCUGGGAGGAAGAGAGAACAGCUGUCUGAGGGACUUCUGGAGGUACAGCGUGGUGUGUAAUGAGUGGACUGAGCUGAGCUGCACCGGUGAGGCUGCCCCAGAAGAACUGGAGGAACAUACAAUGGUGGCUCAUGAGGGCUUCCUGUAUGUGUUUGGAGGCAUGCUGGAUUCUGCAUACACCAAGUGGAGAUGUUCCCUCUGGGUGUUCGACAUCGCAAAGCAGAAGUGGGUGCACUCUCAGGGAAAGAAGAGCUCCCCUCAGACCCAGAUGCCUUCCAACAGAAAAGGACACAGCGCCGUGGUGCUGGGCUCUGACAUGCUGCUGUACGGAGGUUUUGUCGACAUGAAAGGAUCCUCGCAGGAGUUUUGGAGAUUAGAUUUUGACACCAUGAAGUGGUCCAUGCUCAGCAGCUCUCAGCAGGCCUCAUCGGGACCAGGACCCAGACACAGUCACUCUGCCAUGGCCUACCAGAGCUGCAUGUACCUGUUUGGAGGCCUGAAAGGUUUGCAUGAGCAGAGAGACCUCUGGAGGUGGAACUCCACCAACUGUACAUGGAGUUCACUCAAAAAUAAGUCGGGUCCCUCCAGACUGAUGGGACACUCAGCUGUGGUCUACAAAGACAGUAUGCUGCUCUUUGGAGGAGGGAGGAGCCAGAACUCUCCAAAGAACUCCCUGUACAGGUACAACUUCACCUCUCAGACAUGGACGCAGGUUCCCAUACUCCUGGGCUCCACCCCUCCAGAUAAGAUUCACCACUGCUGCGUCGGGCUCGGUCCAAGCUACAUGUCCAGCACCAGCAGUUCGAGCUCAGAAGUCAUACCCAGACUGCUGGAUGACAAAACAAGACCCUUUAAGAACAAGUGUUUUCCUGCUCCGCUCACUUUCCUGGGCUCAGACGGAGCGAUAGAGAUGGAGACGUUCAGCCUCCUGGACAGAUGCUACACGAGACUCACACCAGCGUCAGAGCUGGACAACAGAACUGAGAGUUUGCUGGGGAAAGAAGCCCAGAGGACCGGAAACUGUCUGAGUUUUGAAAACAAGGCUUUCAAGAAACAGUGGAGCUGCACGGAGGAGGAGCUGCUUCAGGAGGAAGAGGAGGACGGAGAUAUAGCUCAGCAUCUGCCGGAUCUGCUGCUGGUGCUGGGGGGAAGACCCUGCGCCACACACAGCCCCAUCUCCAUCUGGCAAAUGACUCUGAGUGAAUCCUAACAGCCUGAGAACUAACUCCACUAACAGCUUAUAUUUUUGUAUGAAUAAUAAACAUCAGUAUUAUAUUGUCACACACCUUUGUUUAACACCUUUAAAGUGUUAACAUGAAACACAAUGACAUAUUAUUUUAUUUGUGGUGACUUUUAUGUUUUUAAGUGUCUUUAUUUUGCCUCAUCGCAGUGAGCAAAAGAAACGUCUAGAAAUUGUCAAGAAACUUAAAAUCCAUAACACAAUAAUAAUUAUUACAUUACCUCUGCUUUAACGAUGUUUGACUGUCAUCUAAAUAGUGUCAUAGUGACUAACAGGAGGGACAUUAUUGAAACACUGCCAUGACAACAUGCCUGUCAGAUGAAACACGUGAAGAUGACAUGCCUAAUGUUCACUGCUCACCACAGUUCAACAUGUGGCAGGAUGCACCUUCACAUUAGUUACAUCUAAACAGACACAUGUAUUCAUGUAUAUGGAAGCAAAUAGGUUAAAAUUAAAAAGAAAAUUUGAAAAUUGAAUUGAAUUAACAGAAAAGCUUUUUAAUUUUCCAAAACAUGUGCACAUUAUUUGACUCAUAAAUUAAAUUAAUAUUCAAUAAUCCUAUUUGCAUUUUAGUUUUCAUCUUCAACAAUUCAAAUUGUUUUUCACAAUUAAAAUGAAAAAGAAAAUGACAUUUGCUUUUUAAUUUUCAAUAAAUGCCCCUCUAAAUUAUUAUCAUACUUCAAAUGAAAAAGACAAUUCGAAAAAUAAAAUGCAUUCACAGAAAUGCUUUUCAUUUUCAGAAUGGAUGCACAUUUUUUUACUCAAAAAUAAAAUGAAAAGGCAAUCAUACCUUUGUCAUUUUAACUUUCAUGUUAAAGCUUGCACAUUCUGUAACACAAUUACAAUUAAAACGAAAAGGACAUUGCUUUUUCGUUUUCUAAUGUGCCCUGCCAAAUCUGUCAAAAUAUUCACACCAACACGAGAAUGAAAUUGCAAUGUGCACGGCGCAGAAAAGUGACGUCAGACUUCACCUCGCAGUCUGACUGCUUUUUGGUGGUGGUUUCUUUAACGCUGGUGCGAUCUGUUAGCCAAUGAGGUCCACAGAUUAAGAGAAUGAUGCGCAGAGAAUGAUUUGUCUUGUUUGCUUCCUUUGAAAUGUUGUUUUUUAUGUCUACAUGAAGAGUAUACAUGAUAUGUCAGAAGACUUGAGUCCAAGAGCUUCAGUGGUGACAUUUUGUAUCCCUAAAAAGAUUUACAGAACACAUACGCAAAGAGAGGAGAAGCCUCUGUAAAGUUUGAAUUACUUCCACACAUCACCAAAUCUGGUAGAGUCAAAUUUACCAAGAUGGAGAACAUAUGAUUACCUUUAAUAAAACCUAAUGGAUGAUUUGGUACCAGCUUAAGAAUUAGGCAUCAGGUCGGUCAUUGACCUUAUGGAUUUCACACAUGGAAGGUCAACAUCAAUGGCUGUGGUCCAGUUUGAGUAUCUUAUUUCAUAUGUUCCACAGACGUGUGUGAGAUUAAGUCACGCUGUCACUUGUUCAUGAAAUGUUACAAAUAAAUAUGCUUAUAAAAUCA